UACAUAUGUGAGUAUUUAUCGAUGAAACAAUUGUGAGACUGUAAUUUUCACGUGUAAUUUUUUUGGGUAAUUUUUUGCCAAUAAACAAAAUGAGGUAUCGAUAAGAAUCUAGACGAUGCAAUUUGUGUAAACGUUUUAUAACAUAACACCAAAAUAUAUUUGUGUUUGUUCUAUGUUCUAAGUUACCAAUGAUCAUCUGUGCUUUGCGCAAUUACUGGUGUUACAAGUGCUAUUUUUAAUAAUAAAUCACAUGAUAAUGAUAUUCGGCAGUAAAGUUAACUGGGUUUAUUUUUCUUUUGUGUGCUGAUAACCAGAAUGACCUCUGUAGAGAUAAAUGACCCCCAUGAAGACGACGAUGUUUAUAUAAACUGCAAAGAGAGGAAUGCUGAGACCUACAAAGGACUGCUUAGCUCUCAGAAUUCGUAUCAAUUCUUUACAUCAAACUUGGAAGUGGUUACAUCAAACUAUUGCUCUUCACGACUACCUCAUUGCAUUGACGUCAGCCUCUAAGAACGUCUCUUACUGUUCCUUCUUAACACAUUAAACUAGUUUUUGAAGGCACAACAUCUGUAAAAUUAAUACUGUUUGAAAAACUAGUUUUCACAAUGGCAUUAAUGCAAAGAUUCUCUCCAAGACUUACGACCAUCAUAAACCGCAUUAACAAUAAAUCCUAUUCUACCUCUACUGAUCAGAAGAUUAAAAAAUCUGUGUUUAUCUCGCAAUCAAAAGAUGUUUAUACCAAUUUAGCACUAGAAGAUUGGAUGUACCGAAACUUUGACUUCAAAAACCAUCAUGUUUUAAUGUUGUGGCAGAAUAACCCUUGUGUUGUUAUUGGAAGACAUCAAAAUCCCUGGCUUGAAGCAAAUGUAACUGAACUACCCUAUAUUAGUGAACAGGGUGUUCAACUUGCUAGAAGAAAUAGUGGAGGAGGUACUGUAUACCAUGACCAAGGUAAUUUAAAUCUCACAUUUUUUACACCCAGAGAGCAUUAUGACAGAAAGUAUAAUCUGCAAAUCAUCUCCAGAAGCUUGUUUAGAGAAUACAACAUGAAAGUGGAUAUUUCUCCCAGGGAGGAUCUAACCAUAAGGAAUUUUAAAGUUUCUGGAACAGCGGCGAAAUUGGGCAGAACUACAGCCUACCAUCAUUGCACCCUUUUAGUCAAUGUCAACAAAGUGGAUUUACAUAUGGCUUUACAAAAACCGGAAGCUGAUAUUAAGACCAAUGCAACAAAGUCUAUUAAAUCAAAGAUAAUGAAUUUGUGUGAAGAAAAUCCAAAUGUUGAAAUAAAUAAUUUGAUGAAAGCUGUUGGUUGGGAAUAUAUGCGAAUGCAUCCUUUAAAACUCGUCGAUGGAGGAAUGGAGUUGGCUAACAAUCAAAAUGGUUUUCAGUUGGUUAAUCCUACGGACGGGUGGUUCCCAGGUUUAACAGAAAUCCGAAACCAGUUAGUCAGCUGGGAAUGGCAUUAUGGUAAAACCCCCAAAUUCAACAUAACCAAGUCUUUCAAGAUUCCAGAUUCUUUAGUGGAAGGUUACGGAAUCAGUGAGGAUCUUAGAGUUACCAUGGUUGUGGAAAACGGUAAAAUAAAUGAUAUCAGUCUUUAUGUACCACCAGGUAUUUCUAGCCAAGGUUUCUCUGGCAAUGUUAAUGUCAUUACCAGUCUAAUAGGUCAUAAAUUUUCUGAAGCUACUCUCGGUAGUCUUGAGAUGAUGAUCAGUGGGUUAGUAAAUGAAAAAGACAGAUUUGUUUCUGAGUGUUUGAAGCAAGUGAUGACGUCUGUCUGAUAUAGAUCCGACAGGACUACUUGAAACUAACAGUAUAGAGUUUCAAUUUUUCCUGUCUGUACCAAAAGAACUUACCAAAAUUAGUGUAUAUUUUUUCUGAUAGUUCUAUUUUUAUAAUGUCAAAAAAUUAAGUGACAGUUAUUAUCUAUUCGACCAAUAACAUGUUAAUGGAUUAACAAUUGAAGAACGCCCACAUUAUGUCUACACAACGUCGAAGGGUUGAGUAAAUUUCCAUUUUAUAGAAAAAUUGAAUAGUAAAACAGAAGUAGAGAAAAGGGGAAAAAUCUUUAUAAAUGAAAAGUGUCCGUUGAAAAGGGUUGAUGCACAUUGGAUCAGGGCGAAUUAUUUUAGGUUAAUUUACUACAUUAUCUUGUACAACGCAAGUUGUUGAAAUUUUUCAACCUUGCAUGUACAAUCCGGUGAUAUGGAUCUCUAAGUAAGACAGCUCCUAUGAGGAGAGUAAAGUUUUGGGACUAUACAAUUUACCCCAAAAUAUUCUUGAAAUCGGUUUUUAAUUAAUAAGAUAAUAAGUUUUGAAUACAUAAAAAACGACCGGUAACUAAUAUAGAUCCACUCCAAUCCAGUUUACCAAGAUUUCAGAGAGAUUCCAUUAACCAUUUCUCUUUUGUUUAAUACAAAAUCUUUGAAAACCGGGGAAAAUGAACACUUGCACGUUUGAAUAGGGCUAAGAAAUCUACUGACUUUGUUUCGUUUAAAAAAUGUUCCUACCCGUUCGAAUGUCAAAAGUAGAGUUAAUCUCUAAUGAAUCGCGAACAUAAAAACUUGUUGUUUUGGUUGUCUACGUUGUAGGAAAAUUAUUGAAUUUUAUAUAUUUAAUAGAAAACCAAAGAAGUACACUUCAAUUCAUCUUCAAUAGCUACAUAUCCUUUUUUUAUACCAAUGCCUUUUUGGAAGAUUUUAGAACAGUUAUUUAACGUAUACAGGCGGACACUUUUUCAACUUUUUUCCAAUAUGAAAUACUUCUUACCUUUAUCCUCCAAAUGUACAGCACAUUCAGCACUCAAACGAAUUGUCAGAAUCAGCUGGGUUCAUUUAAAAAUGGCCGCCGUCGGGUAGGAUUUUAUACACUAUUCCUAGUUUUAUUGCAAAAUGGCUUUUUAAAGAAGUUGAAAUUACAUCCUGGAAACGUGGCUUAGUUUUUUUUUUUCGACUAAAGCUCUUUUCAUCUAAUAAAAAAGGGAUUAACUCCAUUUGAAGCUUCAAGUUUGUCCUUUUACCCCGCAGUUGCCAUAGGGUUAACACUCAUAACAUUGGAAAUUAAAAAAAAACGUAAGGGUUCUAAAUUUUGUAAAUCGCUUGAAAGCUCACUUAAGUGCACUAAAAGUACUCAGUUUCAGAAAAUAAUCAAGAAAAACUAAUACUGGUAUUACGAGAAAAUCAAUUGUUUACCCCACAGCCGCCAUAUUAACUUAGACAACUGUUUUCUUAGAUAUAGUUAUUGUAGGUUAGAAUUGUGCUUCGAAUGAUUUGAUCUGCUGAGACUGCCAUCGAUUGAGCUCGUAUUCUUUGGGUAAUAAAAAACGAUAUAUGAAAGUAUCGAUGUUUCACAGAUAAUAAUCGAUGUUCUUAAUCUUUUAUUAUAAAUAUUUGAUAUUUAUUUCUUAGUAUCGAAUUUAUUACAAGGUUUUAAGAGCUCUUUCCUCUCAAUUGUGUCAAGUUUUAUUCUGUAGUUGUGGCACGUUAACAUCUAUUCUAUAGGUAUUUUUUCGAUACAGUGAUAUUGUUAGGUUAGAAUCACUUAUUUAACUAAAUAUCCGUAGAAUAAUGUAUUUCAAGUAGAAAUGAUGUUUCAUCUCUCAUUUUCAUUAGUAAACAAUAUAAAUAUGAUGCUAGGACAAUGAGAUAUAUUGGAAUAUCUAUUUUUACCCGGUAUUUUUCGAUUUUUCCUUUCAUAUUGCGUGAUAUGUAAGUAGAAUUGUACUAAUAAAAUAAAGAAAAAGAGCAUUGGUUUACCAUUAACUAUCUCUCUCUAUUAAACCAAAAUUUUUUGUCGCUCCCACCAUUCGAAAUUUCUCCGUGAUUCAAUCAGAAUGGAUAUAGAUUUAGAGUAAUAUACCCAUACUUGUAUAUGGACAGUUUCUAUAAGUGGAAACUGCUUCGACUAAGAAAGACAGAAUGAUAACGUUUUCUCCAUCCUCCGUUUCGAUUCUGUGCGUUCUCAAGCAUGCGCAACCUGAACGAGAGAGAAAAUAGUCGCCAUUUUAAUAGUGGGACAUUUCUUCUCGUUUAUAGAAGUAUUAAUAUAUGAAUAUACCCUUAUCAGCACUUGAACAGGUACCCUUAUCUCUAUCUUUAAUAUGAACUCUAUGGUGUUAUUGAAUUAAAUAAGUAGGGGCAGUUUGUGUAGGAAUACUGUUGGCGAUCUUUGAGUUGAUCAAUGUUUUUUUUAAUAUGUUUAUGUAUAUCUCUGUUAUUAGUUUCACAUAUUUAUGUAGAUUAAUGUCAAGUUUAAGGAAUGCUCCGUAUAACCGGUGAACAAGAAUUAAUCAUAUCAUUCAUUUGUUAGUGUAGUUUAUACAGUAGUAUUUGAUUUGAUUGUACCACAUUCAGGAUAUUGUCAGGUAUCUGAAUAUUUCAUAUCCUGCCUAUAUAUUGGAUGUGUAUUAUUAUAAUUAAUCAUUUUUUUUAUUUUUGUAAUUUCUGGCUGUAUUAAUUUGGAGCUGUUGUGCCUUAAUCAUUUAUAUAUUAUAAUAUUAUAUUGGUGAAUAAAUUUAUUUCAAAUGUUA